CGACGCGUCCACGCAGCACCCACAAUGCCCACACUGCACACACUCCGUCUACUCUCUCUCUCUCUCGCCCACCACCUUUCCGCUACAAUACAAACGACGACACAUUCCCCGCUGGCAAAAGAUUCCUCCUCCUCCCUUUCUGAAACCCUAACAAUAAUUUUCUCUCCAACCAAACACUCUUCCUCCAUCACCAUCAACACAUUCAUCCCUCUGUACUCUAUUUAUAAAUAUUUUAUCACCUCCCACGCCUAAAACAACUGUAAUUAAUAAUAAUAAUAAUUAAAAGAAUUAAUAUUAAUUUAUAAAUAUUAUUAUUAUUUGAAGCCAAAGCAGCAAGUUCAUUUUAACGUUUCGAAUGGGCUGUACAAGUUCGAAACUAGAAGAUCUACCAGCCGUUGCGCUUUGCCGUGACCGUUGCGCUUUUCUCGACGAAGCUAUUCACCAGCGGUAUGCUUUAGCAGAAGCUCACGUGGCUUACAUCCAGUCGUUAAAAAGAAUUGGUAAUUCGUUAUAUGUUUUUAUUGAGAAGGAAAAUUUUACCGCCGGCGGCGGCGGCCGUCCGAUGUCUCCUAAGCUGAAUUUACCUCCGAAUAAAAAAAGUGAAGAUUUAAAGGUUGUUGGAUCGAGUUCGCCGAAGAAAGGUCAUCAUCUUUCUCAUUCCAGUUCGGGCUCUCAUCUUCAUUUUCACUCGGAUGGUGAUGAUGAAGACGAUGAUGAUGUCUUACAUCUUCAUCGUUCUGAUAACUCCUCUCCGUUGCAUGGUCACGGCGAGGGGAGUGGUGGUGAUGAUGGUGGAGGUGGUCAUAUUCCGUAUAUGAGCUCGGAUUAUAUGAAUAUGGAUCAAGAUUCAUAUCCAGGCGGCGGCGGAACGUUUUUUCAUACGAAUUAUAUGAAGAAUAAAGGCGCUACUCCGUCUGUUAUUUACGAGCAAAGGCCAGUGAGUUCCGAGACUGUUCAUUUUGGUGAAUCUUCGUCGCCUGCUUAUUAUAAUAAUUAUUCAAAUAGCGGUUAUGCAAUGAGUAAUUCGAACCCUUAUGGUUAUUCUGGAUAUCCAAAUUAUGGUGGUGGGGGUGGUGGUUAUAACGGGUCUCAGAAUCAGUAUGGAUCUUCUUCAUCUCAACCGCCUCCGGAGGUGCCUUCAUCGUCUAAGCCGCCACCUCCUCCUCCUCCUCCUCCUCCUCCAGGAGCUUCAGCUUGGGAUUUCUUGAAUCUGUUCGAGGGCUAUGAUAGGAAUUAUCCACAGUACACGCCGAGUAGGGACUCCAAGGAGUUGAGAGAAGAGGAGGGGAUUCCGGAUUUGGAAGAUGAGGAUUACCAACAUGAGUUUGUGAAGGAAGUUCACGUGGAUAAAAAAUAUAUGGAUGGGGCUAAAAAAUUUUCACAGUCGCCGGUAAUGGAUGAUGGGGAUGGUAAAGUUGAAGGUGAUACUGAGGCUUCUGCUUCGCUUUAUCAAACUAGGCCGAGUGUGGCUACUGAGGAAGAUAGAGUGGCGUAUGAGGUUCAUGUGGUAGAUAAGAAAAUUGUUGAUAAUGAGAGGUCUGAGCAGCGAAGCAAUGCUGGAUUUAAGGGCCGAGGAGGUGGACCACUGGAAGUGGCUGUGGAAAUUAAGAUUCAGUUUGAGAGAGCUUCAGAGUGUGGUAAUGAGAUUGCGAAGAUGCUUGAAGUCGGAAAGCUCCCAUAUCAGCGCAAACAUGCUGUUUCCAAGAUGUUGCGAGUUACUCCUCCAUUAUCUGUAGUAUCUUCACAGCCGUCUACUUCUGGAAGUGCUGUGGCUGGUCCCCCUUCCUUGGAGAUUGAUGAAGAAUUGAUGGUGAGAUCGAAAAAUCUUUCUUCUACCUUACAAAAGCUAUAUCUUUGGGAGAAGAAACUCUAUCAAGAAGUUAAGGUUGAGGAGAAAAUGCGGGUGGCUCAUGAGAAAAAGUGUCGUAAGCUGAAGCGUUUAGAUGAGAGGGGUGCUGAAGUCGAUAAAGUUGAUGCAACUCGAACUUUAAUCAGGAGUUUAUCAACAAAAAUAAGGAUAGCAAUUCAAGUCGUAGACAAGAUAUCGGUUACCAUAAACAAGAUUAGGGAUGAAGAGCUAUGGCCUCAACUAAAUGAAUUGAUUCAAGGGUUAACCAGAAUGUGGAAGAGUAUGCUUGAAUGUCAUCAUAUUCAGUGCCAAGCAAUUAGAGAAGCCAGAGGCUUAGGUCCCCUUGGAUCAGGUGAAAAGCCCAGUGAUGAUCAUCUAGAUGUCACACUGCAGCUGGGGCAUGAGCUUCUUAGUUGGACUUCUAGUUUCUCUAGUUGGAUUGGUGCCCAGAGAGGUUAUGUGAGAGCCUUGAAUAACUGGCUUGUUAAGUGUCUUUUAUAUGAACCAGAAGAAACACCAGAUGGCAUAGUUCCUUUCUCGCCUGGUAGGAUGGGUGCGCCCCCGGUGUUUGUUAUUUGUAAUCAGUGGGCACAAGCUAUGGAUAGAAUAUCUGGGAAGGAAGUAAUCAACGCCAUGCGUAUUUUUACGACGAGUGUUUUUCAACUUCGGGAGCAUGACAAACUAGAAAUGCGUCAGAGAUUGGUGACAGACAAGGAUUUGGAGAGAAAAGUCAGAAACUUAGAUAGAGAAGAUCAGAAGAUACAAAAGGAGAUUCAGGCAUUAGACAAGAAAAUAGUCCUGGUUGCUGGGGAUGGUAAUAGUCUGUCAGUAACUGGAAACAUUGUAUAUCAAAGUGACACUAGUAAUAGUAGUCUACAGGGGAGCCUACAAUGCAUUUUUGAAGCCAUGGAAAGAUUCAUGGCUGAUUCAAUGAAGGCUUAUGAGGAGCUGUUGCAACGUAGUGAAGAAGAAAGGCGUGCUUGAGAACAUAAAAGAGUUUCACAGGUAUUGGCUUAUCAGAAAUUUCUCAGCCUCCUUUUUAAUCCUGAGCUUGUUUCUUAACUGAAAUUUACAUCCCUAUGAGGAUCAUCAAGAAUCCAUGGUAUCGGCUCAAUCUGCUCAGUCCUUGCUGGAUAUUUUUUACUCCAAAUAUGGUCCAUAAUGGGCAGCUCCGGUUGUUCAAGUCCUCAACUGGGGGCAGAGCCAUACUCGGUGGGGCCUAGAUUUGGGAGGCUCGCCAAGGUUGUGAGUAGAAUCAUCCUUCUGCUACCUCUGCAGAAUUCAGUUGCAUCAAGUAAACAGGAUAACAAGGGCAGCAGACGGUGAGUUCAUGAUGAUAUAAAACCAAAGCAAGCCACUCUGCAUCCUUGACAUUUUGGCGCCACUAGCCUCCUUGGGAAAGAACCAAGGAACAAUCUUUGAGAGGUUAAGGAAAGCAAUGGGUCUGCAACCUUGUUAAUCUGAGCAAAGGAUAGUUCCCCUCUAUUUUGAACGAGGAUGAGUUACUGUGGCUUCACGGGCACAGAGAUAUCAGAUGCAUGGUAAAAUAACUUCAAUCUUUUUGUUCCUUUCCUUUGAAUAUUUAUUUAUACUUGAUUUUUGUACAGGCCUUUUCAACGAAAUGAAAUGCUUUCGAUAAAUAGUACUGUUCAAGUUGUUGCAAACACAACAAUUCGGCAGACAAGAGGAUUAAUAACUUGUUUGUUAUUGUGAUCGUGUAUUUUUUAUUUGAACAUGUAUUGAAGUAGUAUUUUAUUUUUUAUUUUUUAAA